GACUUGAGCGAGUUUUUCUCUAUUGUAGUCUGAUUGUUUCAGAGAAGUGUUGUUAUGUGUUUUAUUAAUUUAUUUUUGAUAGAUUGACUAUUGGACGAAUUAAAGUUCGUAUCUCCCUGAAUAAUUAGAAUAUUGCUAAUAUUUUAUGGUGGCGUGAUUCCAUGUAUAGUAAACUUAUUAAAUAAUGCACAUAAAUCUUAGUAUUCCAAUGAUGACGGCAAUCAAAUCAGCUACUUCAAUUACUGGGAUCGUUGCGCGAAAAUUAAUACCUAUAUCAUUGAAUUCCAGGACACAUCGCAGGUAUUCCAAUCAAAAUACGAAUAAAUAUGAUAUCGUCGUCAUUGGUGGCGGUAUAGUUGGUUCUGCAUCCGCUAGAGAGCUAAUAUUAAGGCACCCAUCGUUAAACAUAGCACUAAUUGAAAAGGAAAAUCGUUUUGCCUGCCAUCAAAGUGGAAAUAACAGUGGUGUGAUUCAUGCGGGUAUUUACUACAAGCCAGGAUCAUUAAAAGCUAAAUUAUGUGUCCAAGGAUUGGAUUUAUCUUACAAAUACUGUGAUGAGAAAGGAAUCAAAUAUUUGAAAUGUGGAAAAAUGAUAGUAGCCACUGAAAGGCAAGAAAUACCUAGAUUGUUGGAUCUGUAUGAUCGUGGAAUUGAAAAUGGUGUGAAAGACUUGGAGUUACUUGACAGUAAAGGAAUAAGAGAAAUUGAACCUCUUUGUAAGGGUUUACAAGCAAUAUGGUCCCCUCACACUGGUGUUGUGAGCUGGGCUGAGGUAACAGAUUCCUAUGUAAGAGAUUUUGUUAACUGUGGUGGAACAACUUAUCUCAACUUUGAAGUUAAAAAGUUCCAUGAUUCUGUAGACGCAGAAUAUCCUGUUGUCAUUUCAGAUGAAAAAACUAAUACUAUUUUUGCAAAGCAUGUUCUUACAUGUUGUGGCCUACAUUCAGAUACAGUUGCGGUACUUACAGGAUGCCCUGAAGAGCCUAAGAUCAUCCCUUUUAGAGGUGAAUACCUUUACCUAGUACCAAGUAAAAGCAAUUUAGCUAAAGCUAACAUCUACCCUGUACCUGAUCCAAGAUUCCCAUUUUUGGGUGUCCAUAUAACUCCUAGAGUAGAUGGUCGUGUAAUACUGGGACCAAAUGCUAUAUUAGCAUACUGUAAGGAAGGAUACAAAUAUAGUGAUGUCAACAUAAAAGACUUGAAAGCCAUUAUAGGGUUUUCUGGUUUUCGAAAAUUGGCAAUGAAAUAUGCUGGUUUUGGUGUCAAAGAAAUGACAAGAUCAAUUUUUCCUUCAUUACAAGUCAAACAAGUACAAAAGUAUAUUCAAGAAAUAACAAGUGCGGAUGUUGAGAGAGGUCCUGCUGGUGUAAGAGCACAGGCCAUGGCUAAAGAUGGAAGUCUCAUAGAAGACUUUGUAUUUGAUUCUCAACCUGGGUCUGGUGCAAUUGGAAGCAGAGUAUUACAUUGUAGGAAUGCCCCUUCACCUGGUGCAACAUCAUCCCUUGCUAUUGCAAAGAUGAUCGCUGACAAAAUUGAAGAUCAAUUUACACUUAAAUGCUAAGUAAUUUUAAAUUUAAAGGUGCUAAAUGUUCAUUUCAUAUUUUUAUAAGGAGAGCUGAUUUAUUCUUUAGUAAAAGAGAAUAUAUUAUAAUCAAUACUAAUUUGUGUUAUAUCGGGCAAAUAUUUAUUAUUUACAUUAAAUUCAACAAAAUAAAAAUAAACACGUGAACUGAAAUGAAUGGGUCUAAUACUGUAUAAUGUUAAAUUAAGGAAUAUUGACUGGAGGAAACUUAUAAACAAUUUUGAAAAUAGUUUUAGAAGUACAACAGCAUUCUCACACCAGCGGAUUUUCCGAUCGACAUCGCUAAGUUCGGCCGAACAAACAACUGUCAACCAGAGCUUGAAAUGUGUUGCUCAGAUAUGGUCAGUUUAAAUCGCGACAAAAAUACACUAGUGUGAAAGCAUGCUAAGGUUAAUUACAAAAAGUAGAAAAUUAUCAAAUUAAGUUGUUUGAAUCCAAUUUUUAAUUCUUGCCAAGAAUCCAUACUCCAUUAUAGCACACUAAAGGAAACAUCUUGAUAGAACUUUUUAUACAAAUAUUAAAUAAACAAAUAAAAUAUUGCUUUAAAUGCUGUUAAAGUUUAGCUACAUUUUAUUUUAAAACUGAUAUUUUAAAUAAAAAGUUCUAUCUAAAUUUAUCUUUAGUUGAGAGUCUACUCAAAUCGAGUAUAGAUCCAAAGUCAAGUUUUGCAAUAUGGUUCUAUGAUAGUGUUAUAGGAGCACAAUUAUAAUGAAUUAAAAUGUUAUCAUGUGAUCUGAAUGUAUUUAUUUAAGAUUUUGUUAUGUUUUUUUAACUUAUACUAUUGUUAAUAAAUAUAUAAAUUAAUUAUCAAUAUUUAAAUUAUAUUUUUACUUAAAUUGCAUAAGUAUGCACAUACCUACAUAAGGAUAAAUUAAAUAAUGUGUAACUUUGGGUGCUAAUUUAAAGUCACUAAAAGUAGCAGUUAUAACAUUGUUUAAAUGAAUUGCGUAUAUUUUUACAUUUGUAUAUUUGUAUUUAUAUGUUUUAGCAUUCUAUAUAAUAUUAUCCUUACCCCAAAACUUAGAGAAAUAUGUUUUCAAUGGAUGGACAAAAUAUGUACUAUGCUUAAAAAUAUUUUUGGCAAACAUUCCUGGACGUCAUUCAGUGAUAAUCCCUUUACUGGUUAAACAUAUGAAAUUUAUUUGAAGAUCAUAGGCAGUUGUCAAGUGGAAGACAAUAUUACUGAUCACCACUAUGUACUCUGACAAACCAAACAGGGAAUAAACUGAAAACAAAAAAAUAAAUAUUUUGUUAUAAAA